AAGAAAACAAGUUUUUUUGUUUUUAGUUUCACAAAAUUGUAUUCACACACAGGAUACAUUUCAUCGACGUACAAUGUUCAAAUAAUGCAGGUAAACUGAAUUCAAGAAUUUGUACAUAUUACGCAUUUUUCAUACAAAAGCUGCACAAUGGAAAAUAUUACAUCUACCUUAAUAUUUUUUGUCAACGGUAAAAAGGUUGUUGAAACAAAAGCUGAUCCACGUUGGACUUUGCUUUAUUAUUUAAGAAAUAAAUUGGAUUUGUGUGGAACUAAAYUGGGAUGUGCUGAAGGAGGAUGUGGAGCUUGUACUGUAAUGGUAUCAAAAUAUGAUUACGUCAAGAAGUCUCCAUUACAUAUGUCUGUAAAUGCUUGUUUGUGUCCUGUAGUCAGCAUACACGGGUGUGCUGUAAUAACUGUUGAAGGAAUAGGUAGCACAAAAACAAGAUUACACCCUGUCCAAGAACGAAUAGCGAAAAAUCAUGGAUCGCAAUGUGGUUUUUGUACACCUGGUAUUGUGAUGUCUGUAUAUGCCAUGCUCAGAUCAYUAGAAAAAACACCAGAUGAAAGUGAUCUAGAAAUUGCUUUACAAGGUAACUUGUGUAGGUGUACUGGUUAUAGACCUAUUUUAGAAGGUUUGAUGACAUUGACUACUUGUGAUAAAAUCUCUAAUGGAUGUUCCAUGGGAAAUAAAUGUUGUAUGAAAACUAAAAAAAUUGAAAAUGAUACUGAGGAUAAUAUGUCCAGUUCAUCCGAAUUCUUACCGUAUGAUCCUUCUCAAGAACCAAUUUUUCCUCCUGAACUUGUACUUACAAAAGAGUACGACGAAGAGUAUUUGAUAUUUAGAGGUAAAAAGACUACAUGGUAUCGACCGACAUCAAUUUUGGAACUGUUGGAACUUAAAUAUAAGUAUCCCUAUGCUCGGAUAAUUGUCGGAAAUACUGAAGUCGGAGUUGAAAUAAAAUUCAAAAACUGUCAAUAUCCAGUGAUGAUACAACCGAAUAAGGUGCCAGAAUUAAAUGUCAUUAAAAAGUGUAUAAAAGGAAUACUUGUUGGAGCUGCGGUAACUAUUGACAAAUUAGAAAAUGAAUUAAAGAAACUUUUAGAUAUUAUGCCUGAUCAUAAAAUUCAAAUAAUAAAAUCUAUAUUGGAGAUGAUACCAUGGUUUGCUAGUAAACAGAUUCGUAAUGUAGCUUGUAUAGCCGGAAAUAUUAUAACGGGAAGUCCUAUAUCGGAUUUAAAUCCAAUAUUUAUAGCUGCUCGUUGUCAGUUAAAAGUACAGAGUAAAAAAAACGGUAUAAGAUUUUUUAAAAUGGAUAAAACGUUUUUUACGGGUUAUCGACAAAAUGCUUUACAACCAGAUGAAGUUGUAAUAGAUUUGUUUAUUCCAUUUACACAGAAAAAUACAUUUUUUAAAUCGAUUAAACAAUCGAGAAGAAAAGAAGAUGACAUAGCCUUGGUAAAUGCUGCAUUUUAUGUAGAGAUGUCAAAUAAUAUUGUAAAAGACGCAGAGUUAGUUUUUGGUGGGAUGUCAGCUACUGCAGUCAUUGCUCAAAAAACAAAAUCAUUAAUAAUCAACAGAGAAUGGUCAGAAUCAUUGUUAGAUGAUGUGUAUUUAGAGUUACUUAAAGACUUACCUCUGACAUCAAAUGCCCCUGGAGGAAUGGUGACUUAUCGCAAAAGCCUUGUUUUAAGCUUAUUUUUUAAAUUUUACCAUUACGUGAGUAAUAAAUUAAGUUUGAAAAUGAUAGAUGAAUACAAUUUAAGUAACGGCAUUAACGCUAUUACACAUAUUUCUAAAUACGCUCAAUAUUAUCAUAUCGACCCAAAUUCUCAAGAUCCAGAUGACGCUGUUGGUAAACCAUUAGUUCACAAAUCAGCUAUACAACAAACUACCGGUGAAGCGGUGUAUUGUGAUGAUAUACCUCGUCGUUCUGAUGAACUUUAUUUAGCUGUUAAAACGUCUACAUAUGCCCAUGCUAAAAUUAUAAGUGUAGACUAUACUGAGGCAUUAUCACAACCUGGCGUGGUGACCAUAGUUGACGAAAAAGAUUUACCAGGAAGUCGCAAUAUGGUCGGUGUAAUGCCGAUUAAAGAUGAUUAUGUAUUCGCUAGAGAAAAAGUGGUAAAUUUUGGGCAAAUAAUCUGCGGAUUAAUUGCCGUAGAUCCAAUUACAGCACAGGACGCAAUUAAAUUAAUCCAUGUUCAGUAUGAAGAAUUAAAACCGAUAAUUACCAUCGAGAACAGAGCAAAUCGGUGGAAGAAACGUGGCAUCGCAGCUGUACCGACAAUGUACGGUAUCGGGUUCUCGGGAGAUUCGACGUUUUUGAACCAAGCCGGCGCCCUGAUACUCGUCUACGUCGACGGUUCCGUACUGCUGGCGCACGGUGGCGUUGAAAUGGGCCAGGGACUGCACACAAAAAUGAUACAAGUGGCCAGCAGGGCACUAGGCAUACCCACCGAGUUGAUACACAUCAAAGAGACCAGCACCGACAAGGUGGCCAAUGCGUCACCAACCGCCGGCAGCUUCAGCUCCGACCUCAACGGGAUGGCUGUUCUCAACGCUUGUGAGAUCGUGAAAGCCAGAUUGGAACCGAUCAAGAAGAGGAGUCCAGAAGGUACGUGGGCUGAAUGGGUGAAGACAGCGUAUUUUGAAAAAGUGAACUUGUGUGCUUCGGGUUUUUACGCGUAAGUUUAUUUGCCAGUAACACUCUUCCACACGCAGCAUCGAAUGUUUUUAAAAACAUUAAAUUUAAUAGACUUUAACUUUAUGGCCUCUAUG